AUGAGCACGAGGCUGGCCGUUAUCCGCACCGCUGCGAGACCAUGCCAACCACACCAGCUCCGACAUCUUGGCCAACUCCCUGCCUGCAGACUGCAGCAGCAGCAGCAGUCCGGGGUGGUGGCGCCUCACCCCUCCCCCCCGGCCACACGGACACUCUCGUCUUCGUCGACGUCCUCGACGGUUGUGCCGCCGCGUCGUCGUCGAGCCACACCGGCGCCUGACCUUGAGAGGCUGCGACGACAACCUGCCAAGGUCAUCCCCGACUACCUCACGCCCAUGCCCUCGCACCUCCUGACGACCAUGCUGGACGACCUGGAGGCCUGCGGCGGCGGAAGCGGCGACAACGCUGUCGCCGCGGACACGUCACAGGACGACGCCGUCCUCGCCGCGGACCACCACCCCCCCUCUCCAUCAUCUCGGGGACCUCCCCUCCCCAAAGAGCGGUCGGGGCCCUCGUCGCCGAUUGUCCAAUCGCCGGCCCUCGCCCUGCCCCAGGGUCAUCACCUGGUCUACUUCCCCAUACAGGCCGCCCCGUCACGCCUCGCGCCCGACGGUGCCGACCUGGACCACUCGCCCGGCCUUCACUACUCGCGUCGCCUCUGGGCGGGCGGCGAGGUAACGUUUCGCGGCGCUGGUGGCCUCGUCCUCGACGGCCGGCCCUGGACCUGCACGGAAACGAUUGGCGACGUGAGGGUCAAGGCGGACGCGAGCCGGGAACUCGCGGAAAUCGGCGGAAACGAAAAGGUCUUUGUCGAUGUGUGGCGCAGAUACGCGCUGGACCAUCAUCACCCCGGCCUGGAGAAGACUCCGCUGCCGUGGUCGAUCGAGGAGCGCCGGACACUCGUCUUCAUGGAUCCAGGCGAUAACCCCGUACCACCACCCCAGACCGGGGCGAAGGUGGUCAAGUACCCUCACGAGGCAGCGCACAGCGUCCGCGUCCUGCCGUCCGCGCGGCACCUCUUCCACUUCUCCGCGCUGACGUUCAACGCCCACGCCAUCCACCUGGAUCCGCAGUACGCCCGCUCCGUGGACGGCCACCGCGCGCCGCUCGUCCACGGGCCGCUCACCCUGGCGCUCAUGCUCCGGGUGCUGGCGGCGAGCGCCGGCCCGCGGCCCGUCGAGCGCCUCGUCUACCGCAACCACGCGCCGCUUUACGUCGACGAGCCCCUGACGGUCAAGGUGCGGCCUGUGCCGUCGCGAGGCGGCGGCGGCGGCGGUGCCGUGUGGGACGCGUGGGUGGAAGGGCCGGAUGGGGGGCUCGCCGUCAAGGGAACGGCGACCUUGGCGACAUAA